CGUGAUGGGACUAGUGCUGCUGGUGGCGCUGACGCUCGUUCAGGUGACGCUGUGCACACCUUCAGGUACAGACGGAGAGCAGGUACGAGGGAAUCUGGUUUCAAGAGUAUCAACAAGAGGAACAGAAGCAAGAGGACUAGCAUCAAUAGAAGCUGAAGUUAAGCCAGCGAGGAUGAACGAGAAUGAGGAUAACCGCGCUGUAAUUACAAUUGCGGCAGAAACGUGGCAGCCAUAUUUCCUGAUCAGUGAGGGACUAACCGGGAGGCCAGUCUAUUCCGGCAUUAUGUGGGACUUAUUACUGAUGAUCACGUCGAAGAUGGACCUCAGGUUCAGGAUCGUGAGGCCUCCUGAUGGUCUCUGGGGGGUGGAACUUCCCAAUGGCUCCUGGAAUGGCAUGUUGGGCAUGAUCCAACGGCAGGAGGUGGAUAUGGCGCUUGGACCCUUCGCCAUAUCGUAUCCACGUACCAAAGUAGCGGAAUUUCCUGCUGCCAUCUUCGUGUUGCCUCACCGUGUUUACUUGCCCAGACCCAGGGGCUUCCCCGACGUCAGCGACUUCGUCAGGCUCUACCACCCAUUGGUGUGGACGAUGGUGUUCGUUUGUGCAGGAGUGGUGACUGUGGCGUUAUGGUUGGCAGCCAAGACGGAGAGCUCGCGGCAGAACACUCACCCCUCCACACUCUUCCUCGUCCUCCUGCACGUCUGGGGGGCCCUCAUGCUCGAGUCGAUGAGGUGGAGCGAGAGAGGUGUGAGUCGUUGGCUAAUGGGUUUGUGGUCCUUGAUGACGCUGGUGUUGAUGAGCACAUAUAGUGGCGCCCUGGUAGCCACCCUCACUGUGCCGCGCGUCGCCAUCCCGAUCAAAUCUGUGGAGCAACUCGUGUCCCAAGACGACAUCCCCUGGCGGCUGGAACAAGGAGGCAUAAUUCUCCACACCUUCAAGACAGCUGACGUGAAGAUGUACAAGAAACUGCUGAAGGGGAGUGAGGGCCUCUUCCCCGACUGCUACGCCUCUCGGACAGAAAUUGCUCAGGGCGAGUUUGCUGGUCUGUGUGACGUACUGGCAGGGGACAUGAUGGUAGCUAAGAGCUUCUCAGUGUCCGGGAGGUGCGACUUCUACAGCCCGAGAGAGAACAUCGUCACCCACUCUUACACCUUGGUCCUACAAAGGCGUUCGCCGCUCACACCGCAGAUCACCUUCUGGUUGAGACAGUUGCAAGAGCGAGGAUGGGUGAAACAGCUGGUGAAAAGUCUUGUCAACAACGGGACAGUUUGUAGUCUGCCUCCUGGUCAAGAGGAGGGGCAGCUGCCACCCACCCCCCUCUCUGUCCAGCAAAUGUGGGGAGUCUUCGCUAUACUGGCUGCAGGCGUGGGAGGAGCUGCCCUGGUAUUCCUACUGGAGGUGGUAUGGUGUAAGACUUUCCUCACACAUCAGCAGUAGUAAUAAUAGUAGUUCACACACUGGACCGUUGAGCAUGUGAGAUGUGUUGUCCAAGUUCUACCCUAAAGUAGCCAAAUGGUCGCGUUUCAGUUAUAUCUUGGCUAUUCGUAAUUUAUUUAAGAACUGGUUUCAUCUUUACUGACAUUUAUAUCGUGUACUUAACAUAUUGGAAGGUGUAUAUAAUCGAGAUAGAGAUUAUUUUACGACUAAUAAUGCACUGCAUUAAUGUUACUGAAUAUUUUAUUUGUACUGAAUAAAUCAAGA